CCCCUCCUGCUUUAAUAGCACACAAUCUAUGCAGUAAGUUUCAAUAGACAAUGAAUAAAUUAUGUAUCAACAAUGUCAUAAUCCCUGGUAUUUUCAUGCGUGAAAUUCAAAUUUCGAUUCGCUCAACGAACAUUCAACUUUAUAAUCCACUUGACAAUGUCACAAAAACCUUCAAGGAUCGUUGCGUUCUCAGCAAAUGAAGUGCAUAUUAAGAAAACUAGAUGCGUUUAAUCGCUAUAUUGUUUAUAUCAAAAUCCUUUUACAAAGAGAUGGCAGUAAAAGGGGUUAUCCUGGCGUUAAGUGCCUCGGAUCCUCACGAUUGAAAUAUUUCCUACAUCUGUCAGAGUGAGCUAUGGAAACGGGAAAUUCUGCUGGGAAUAGCACCUUCGACGAGUGUGAUGUCAUUUCACUAUCAAGAUCAGGAACCACCAUUGCUGUAGCUCUGUGCUACGGAAUCCUCAUCCCUCCGAUUGUCCUUGGUAAUGGGCUCGUUGUAAUAUCGUUUAUAAUAAACCAGAAGCUUAGAACAGCAACCAAUAUCUUCAUCUGCGGUCUGGGUCUUAGUGACCUUCUAAUUGGCCUAUUCUCGGUGCCAUACUGGACUUAUAUAUCAUCUUUAGAGGUUAUCAUGGACGCGUAUUGCACCCCUUCGUUAUACAAGGUGUAUAUAUGCCUCGAUAUAUGGACAGGAUGUGCCUCUAUUCUCCAACUAACAGCAAUCGCCAUCGAGAGGUUGUACUUCACUGUCGCACCUCUAAGGCACCGACGACUUCCACGUUCGCUCUACUGGUACAUGAUCGGCAUUGCAUGGUUCUAUUCUAUAUUUAUGGCAGUCUUACAAACGGUACAAAAAAACUGGGUUCAAGGAUACAGCCUGCUUUUAUUGAUCACUUGCUUCGUCUUCCCAUUAUUUAUCAUAGUUGCUGUAUAUUUAUAUAUUUUAAAAGUUGGUCGACGGCAAGCACAAAGGAAGCCCAGCACUCGAAAAAGAAUGGGAUCGACUGGAGGAGAUUUAAAAGAAUUCAAUAUCUUUAUAACCGUGAUUGUGAUAACUGGAGUUUUUGUGAUUGCAUGGGCGCCAUUCUUCGUUGUUACGGUUGUAGCUUCUCUAUGCGGUAAUUGUAUAUCUCAUCCAGAACACGACUUUCUGGUUCAAGUUGUCAAAUGGAUGCAUUACAGCUCUAGCGCUAUUAACCCUUAUAUCUACGCUUAUAGAAACGAGGAUGUAAGAUUAACUUUCAACAAAAUUCUACGCUUGGUGUGUUUUUGUGCUUGCUGCUCGCGUACACGUCUUGACAAGGAGCGAAAAAGCAAGAGGAAUGUUCGUUUACAUUCAAUCCAACAGGGAACGCGGAAAAACAAUGAUAACUUGGAUAGUCGCGGUGGAAAUAUGCAGUCUAAGAAUAGAAAAGAUGGUCAGAAUCAUCCAAGGAUAUUAGACAUUGACGAGUUAAUUGGGCACACGUCGAGUUCUGGAACAAACGCUCGACGGGAUCCGAGAGGAAGAGAAUGGAGUGUCGUAAAACAAACCACAAGGUCACCUGUCAUUAGGGCUCAAGAUCCAGCCGAGAAAAACGUUCGCUUUUAUGAAAAUAAUGGCUUCGUGGGGAUGGAGAGAGAUAUUAAUAGAAGUUCUAAGCAAAAAGGAAUCGAGAAUGAAGCUUUUCAUCUGCAAGAAAUGAGGACAGAAUUUAAUGUAGAAGAGCAAAGAAAUAAAAGGUUUUGUAGCUCUCAUAAUAAAGAAAAUAAAAGACAGCCAAGGGUUUCAGGAAAGUCAACCAAUCAAAAUACGGCUAAAAAAUCAGGUAUCGCUCAUCUCAACCACAAUGACGUAACUUCAGGAGUUUCGACCAAUCAGAAGAGGUUUCGUAAAUCGCGUGACGCGGAUACGACUAGGAACGUUCGAAUUGGUAAUAAUGAAACGUCACAAAAAUCGACCAAUCAGCUUCAAGUUUAUAGACCACGUGACAAGAAACAGUCCAGGAGUGUUGAUGUUGAUCAUAUCAACGCGUGUAAUGGGGAAAUUUCAGACGACGUGUCUUACGUUUGACCGCUUGAGGUCAACUGGGUUUUGACGACGUGUGUUUGAUCCAGACGAUAUAAAGAAACUGCAGUUAAGAGGUUAAUCAUGGUUAUAUUAUUACUUAGCAAGGCUUCUGUUUCUUUUGACAACCUCUUAACUCAGCUAUUUAAUUAAUUGGUGAAUUUAAAAAAAAAAUCCUCUCCCCUGGAUUCACAUAUGAACUAUAUACUUACAUGCAUUGCUUUUUUAAUUAGAGCUGAUUUACAGUAAUUAAACUGGACAUUAAGCUUUAAAUCUUAUUGGAUAACAAAUAGGGCAGAACACAGGCAGCCCAAACAAGGUUUCUGUCUGAAGUUGUUGAUUGAGCGCUUUCAAUUUUUCUGUAAGCAACAGGAAACUGCACACGCGACACGACUCUCCCACUUCAUCAAGAUCACACUUUGAUAAACUAGUAUCAUUAACCAAUCAUAUUGCGACAUUUAGUUCAAUAUAUUUAACCAGCCAAUCAGAUAGCACAUCGAUAUAAUAACAGCGUGAGAACAUGAUAAUCUGAUUGGCUAACGCUGUUAUCAGCUCAAUCUCUGUCUUGUUUACUGUUAUCUGAUUGGUCAGUUUUAUUCAACUGAUCCCAGUUAGUGUGUCCACACAGUAAGUCUGCGAAUCUUUACUGAAGCUAAAAUGCCUGACUUUUGGAAAGCGUGGAAUUCGUUCUCAUUGCUAUUGACUGUCAUUGAAAUGAAAGAUAGACUGAGAGCUUUUACCGUUUUAUUAUUCAUUCAAUUAUUGCAACAAAGUAAUUACGUUUACAACUGACCAUAAAUCGGCUGAAGGCAAAUGCACUAAUCGGGAUACCUGCGGGUAAAAGUGAUUUGAGCUCUACAUUGUGAUAUAGCAAAAGUUGCUGUUGUUUUUGAUUCAAAAAGAAAGAUUACUUGGCAAUCAUUUUAAACAACGAUCAUUUGAACACUUCCGAUCUCGUACUCGGAGCCUAUAUUUCUUACUGCGAAAACUCGAGCAUGCGCAGAAAUAAAUAAAGGCUCUGGUACGAGAUUGGGUCAUCCAAAUUACAAAUACCGGCUUGAGCAUGCGCAUUAACAACCACCGAUUCAACAUGGUUGCUAGAAUUUUUUGGAAGAGGAAAUUGAGAGAAUUAUAGAAGGAAACUAUAGCGGGGGGGAAAAAAACAACGUUGAAUCGAAAAAAAAUUAAUUGACCACGCCUUUUGCACGGCCCCUCAUUGGAUUGGCUACCCGUGAGUCAAGCAUCAUGAUUUGUCAGUUGUGAACGAAGCCGCUUUUUAUCCAUCACAGUUUAUUUUCUUGGAUCUCUUUCACGAUAUGCCGCCAUUUUUGUUUUCUAAUGAGAAUAAAAUUCUUUGUUUAAA